AUGAGAGCAACAAUUUUGACCCUAGCUGCCUUGUGCGCACCAGUUGUGCUGGCUGUUCCCCAUGGAGGCAAUUAUCGACAUCAGCAUGCUGCGCGCCACCAGGUGGAGACUGAUUUCGCCACUGUCACUGACGUCGUCACUGUCACCGCCAACAAUGCUGUCGUCUGGGUCGACCAGUACAAUAACAUCCUGUCCACCGAAUAUCGUGAUCACCCAACUCCUACCAUUGUCGCAUCGCCCUCCUCUGCAACUCCUGUGGUCGUGCCAACUGAAUAUGCUUCGGCUCCAGCCCCAGCUCCUUUUUCCCAAGUCGAGUCCGCCUCCGCUGCGUCUGAAUCACCUGUGGCUGCCCGGAUCUCCGGUCCCGGGUCUGCCCCAGCGGUUUCGGCUGCUCCUACUUCCCAGGUCUCAAAUUCUUCUCCAUCGGCCUCCGGUGUCACUCAACCUUUGACCACUUCUGAUAGCGCCUCCGCGCAAGUGAGCAGUGCUACAGCCAGCGGGAACUCAAACAAAGGUACCCAGGGUGGAUCCAAUGCCGCAGCUGGUGGUUAUGGUAUUUGUUACGAACUCAUUGGCAACAAUGGGUGCAAAGAUCAGACCGAAAUGGAUUCCGAGUUUGGUUUCUUGGCCAGCCAGGGGUACUCCAAAAUCCGCUUCUACGACAUUGGCUGUGACCUCGGUGUGGCCACAGCUGCUGCCUCUGCCAACGGCCUGCAAGUCAUGCUAGGUCUUAACACUAUCGGCAACGUUGUUGGUGAUUUGGGCACACUUGUCGGCAUGAUCAAAGGAAAUUGGGGCCCGGUUGACACUGUCGUUAUUGGGAACGAAGUCGUUAAUUCAGGCGGUUCAGCAGCUGCUGUCGUCGCUGCGCUCGCUGUGGCUCGUCCUAUCUUGCAAGCUGCCGGAUUCACGAAGAGUGUUGUCACUGUGGACACUUUCACCGCACACCAAAACAAUCCUCAACUCUGUCAAGCAUCGGAUUUUUGCGCCGUCAACGCUCACGCUUUCUUUGAUCCUAACACACCAGCCAAUGAUGCAGGCACCUUUGUCGACGGUGUGAUUGCCCCUAUCCAGGCGAAGGCAAAUGGCAAGCAAGUCAUCGUCACAGAGUCCGGCUGGCCAUACCAAGGAUCGCCUAACGGUCAAGCCAUCCCGUCCCCUGCCAACCAGCAGACUGCCAUCAAUUCUCUGAUGAAUGCAUUCAGUACGAACUCUAGCAGCCUGUUCCUCUUCCAGGCCUACGAUGCCACCUACAAGGCUCCGGGGGCUUUCGGGGUUGAGCAGUACUUUGGCAUUUAUGGCCAUUGA